AUUAGUGGCAUUAGCAAUUCCCAGAUAAAUGGAAACAGAGUGCGUUAAUCGUGGGAUGUUUUUUAUUGCAACAAUUACAUUUCCGUGGCUUUAUAAGGAAUUCGCUUCUCCCGAUGACCUCAAACGUGGUCACGAUGCAUGUGUUAUCGGCGCUGGUGAUUCUUAGUUGUUCAAUAUUGUUAGCGGGUUCGCUGUACAGCCCAAAGAAUUAUCAAGAAAGAAUCAGUCCAGAGUCAGCGUGGCCACCAGGAACCCUUGAAUCAAGAAUUAUCGGAGGAGAGAAAGCCACCAUAGAGAAAUAUCCAUUUGCAGUCUCGUUGCAGAACAAUGGCACGUUUUUUGGCCACGAAGUCGAGCAUUUUUGCGGCGGCGGUAUCGUCGGAGAAAAGUGGAUAAUAACGUCAGCACAGUGCGCUCUCAGAAUAUACGUGAAAAGCUUUCACAUAAGGGCCGGCACGACUUGUUAUUAUGAGAACGGUGACAUCUACGGUGUUAAAGGCGUUGUAAUCCAUCCCGCUUUUAACCAGCAUAAUUAUGAUUACGACGUAGCCUUAGUCGAGCUCUCCGAAAAAAUAAAAUUCGACGAAACGAAGCAGCCGAUCCAAUUACCCAUGCUGCACUCGGAGAUCCAAGAUGGCGCUCAAGUGCAAGUGCUCGGGUGGGGUGCGUCCGAGUUACUAGGUCCCGUCUCGGAUGAACUUUUAUGCAGCACGAUGCAGAAAAUUAAUAACGAGGACUGCCAGCAAGCCAACGGGGGUAGCUUAUUAACGCACAGAAUGUUUUGCGCCUUAUCAGACCACGCCAGCGCCUGCGUCGGAGACUCAGGUUCGCCUCUCGUUUUUAACGGCGCCUUGUUUGGUGUAGCAUCGUGGAGUCGUUCAUGUCUAUUUGAAUAUCCAACUGCGUACACUGCUGUAGCUGAAGUGGAAGACUGGAUCAUCAAAGUAAUAAACGCAGCUUAA